ACGUAGAACAAUGCCUGAAUGACCUUGAAGCAGAGAAAGGAAUAAAGCUAUAAAGUCUUAAAAAAAUCCCAGAACCACAAGCAUUGCAUCUGUGCUAGGGAGGUAACCAUAGUUUUGCAGAUUUAAUAGAACGAAGACAUGACGAGCAGAAGAACCAACUCUAACACUUCAGCAACAAUUAACCCCAGACUUGCCUACCCUCCUCCUCCUCCUAGUACCCAUGACAAUCCAUACGAGUACUAUUUUCCUUCUCCUCCUCCACCUUCCCUUUCUUCUCCUCUUAACCAUCUUUCUCCGUAUGACUACUUUUCAAUUGAUGAUACUGAUGAUGUUAAUGAUCACUGGCAUUUCGAGAACCCUGCUCGGCCCCUGUCAAAUUCCAUCCAAAUCACCCGAGUUACCAGAACAAGGCGGCCAUUUGAGGGUGCUAUAGGAGCAGCACGACUUCCUGACUUUGCAAGCUUACUAGCGCCACCAGGUUCCCGAAUUCAUGCUGUACUCCUGGACGAUCCAAGGACUCGACAGAUCCUCAGCGGCCAGUGGACUCCGGCAGCUCCUAGACAAGAAGCCGACUCGAGGUUGACAUAUAAUGAGCAAAAGAAGGCAUUGCAGAAGCUGAGGAAGGAGAUAUACAAUCCUUUAAGGAGAAUAUCGCCUACGGUGAACUUGUAUUAUAGAGGCACUGUUGUUGAUAGUAACAAAGAAAGAAAUGAUAAUGGCAAGAGUUGUGCUAUUUGCUUGGAAGACUUUGAGCCUAAACAAGAGGUUAUGCUCACCCCAUGUAAACAUAUGUUCCAUGAGGAAUGCAUUGUACCUUGGGUCAAGAGCAGUGGUCGGUGCCCGGUUUGCAGGUUCGGAAUAAGUGACUGAUUAAUCACAAAGCAAGCCGAGC